UAAUGAAGUUCUCUCUGUAUGUGUGUGCUAUGUGUGGACGUCUGUAGAUCUCAGUGAGUCAGCACAUCUUGUUCAGUUCAAUAAAAAGGAUAUCUCAGCCCUUUGCUGCGCUUCCAAACCUGGACCUCUGUUUUCAUCCAUCUGCAACACGAUUGGCUGUUUUUAAAGAAUCAACCUCAUUGCUUGUAGGAAAAAAAACAACAUUAUUCAACAUAUGGAAAAAAAAGUCAAACAACAUAUUUUCAGAUUUUUCGGAAAUCUCUUCCCAAACGCGUUUCCAGCCAUGGCCGCUCAUCGUGGCUUUGCAGUUCUGGUUGGCGUGGCUUCACUGCUGUCAGCCGUCCGAUGCGAUGUAAACUGUAAGGGGACAGAUGGUCAUCCAGGAGAAGCUGGAUCUACUGGAAGGGACGGACUGCCUGGGAUAAAAGGGCAGAAGGGAGAGCCAGCUGUCAGGGUGGACGGCCCAGUGGACCCAAGCGUGCUGCUAAGGCUGAGAGGGGACAGAGGGAACCCAGGGCCACAAGGUCCAAUUGGUCCUAAAGGUUACCGUGGUGAUUUGGGACCAUCAGGAACAGAUGGUGAGCCUGGUCCACCCGGCCCAGCAGGGAAAAACAUUGACUCAGGAAAACACUCGUCCAAUCAGGAAGCUCAUUCAGCUUUCUCUGUGAUCAGAACGGACACCAGAUAUCCAUCUUUCAACCAGAAAAUAACUUAUCAGAAUGCAGUGGUCAACAAGUAUAAUGAUUUCGACAAAACCACUGGAGUCUUCACCUGCAGAAUACCUGGAUUUUAUUAUUUCACCUUCCACUCCGUUUGCAAGGUCAGCAUGUGCCUGGGUUUAGUUAGAGAGGGAGCAGAAGAACAACAAGUGUUCUGUAAUUACAACCUCAGGAAUAAUGAUCAGGUGCUGUCUGGUGGAGUUGUCUUGGAGCUGACAGUGGGACAGAAGGUCUGGCUUGUGUCCUACAAAGACAAGCAGACAGAAUCUGAUGCACGAGACAUCAGAGAAAAACAGAUCAUCUUCAAUGGCUUCCUGAUCUUCUCAAAUUCAGAAUAAAAAUUUGUUGAGCCCUCACUAUGCAAAGUUUACCAAUCUCUGCUUUCGGUCGUUUGAGAAGUGCUUCAUACCAAUGUUUGUUGAAUGUUCACUCUUAUUCUGAAACUGAUCAUUUGGAUGUACCUUAAUGUUUGAGUCAUUUUCAUUAAAUGUUGACUGUUAACCUAAA